UUUUCAUGAUUAUUAUCAUUCGAUUGGAUUAAUUUAAAUCGACUUAGUGUUAAUUUGCAAAAAUUAAAAAAAAAAGAGAGUUAAAAAUUAAAAAAAUGAGAAUGAAAGAAGGCAAAAAUACAAACGAAAGUACAAAAAAAAAUACAAACAAAAAUACAAACAAGAAAGAAUAUAUCAUAAAAGCGUAAAUUUGUUCGUGCAAAUUUUCCCUCUGUCGGCCGUGUUAAGUAUAAUAAAAUUAAUUAUUAUGGUCGAUCUUCCUUACAAAAACAUCCUCCUCGAUUGCCCAUGAGAAAAAGCAACGGCUAUGGGCUUGUAGAAACUAAAAAGGAAGACUCACGAAUGAUAUUCACGUGGUGGGGGUGUUGCUCUUCGAGAACAGGAUAUAUAAAUCGCGAGUAGGGCUGAAAUUCAAGUUAGUUCUGUGCUAGUUUUUCUCUGACAAUAACUGAGAUUCUCUGUACGCAAUGCAGGGUGGAACGUCGUUGCUUAUUUUUUUAAUUCUGACGAUCUCAAUCAUCGAAAUUCAAUCUGCAUCAAUUGCUAAGUUAUAUCAGAGCAAUUAUCAGUAUCCACAAACGAUCCGUCCUGAAUACUAUCAAAUCGCUCAUCAGAAUGGUCUAGCACCAUAUUAUAUAUACAAUUCGUUUCAGGUACAUACUGAUUUAACGCCUGGAAGUCCAAUUAUUUUGCCAGAAAAACAAACAACGACUCUUACUCAUCUGCCACCCUAUGGAUAUUACUACUACGACUUUAGAUUCCCAAUUAAUCCGGUAUAUCCGGUAUUGAGUCCAUCUCAUCCUGGAUUUAUCCCGGUAUCAGGAUCACCACCGAUAUCGACUGAUCGUCCAUUCGAUGUUGACAAUGAUGACGAUAGUGGUAUCGAAAAAUUGGACACAAAAGUUGAGCCAGAAAAAGAAAUAAGAAAGCCUGAUACUAACGAUGGAAACUAUGACGACGACGAUACGAUCACUAUCGAAGCGAUUAAAUAAUAUUUCUCUUUUCUUUCCUUUAUUUUUAUUUCUUUUUUUUUUUUUCUUCUUUCUUUGAUUUACUUAAUACAAUUGGUUAUUCAUAUAAAUCCAUUGUAAUAUAAUUUUGAUAAACAAUUCAUUCAUCUUUUAUUUGGACUCAAAUCUAUUCGAACGCAUUCAUUUCUUUUCUUUUCUUUUCUUUUCCUUUUCUUUGUUUUCUUUUUUUCUUUGUUAAAUAAAUCGAUAUAAAUAUGUUCAUUUCUUAUUUCUAAAUAAUUUAUUAUUUUUACAUUGGACUUUUCGUAAUUUACCAAACUCAUUCAUUUCUUUUUCUUUCGUUUAUUUUUAUAAGUCGAUAUAAAUAUGUUCACAUUGUAAGAUUAUUUUUUCUAAAUAAUUUCAUCAUCAUGAACUUUGUGAUUGAUAUGUGUUAAAAAGAAAAAAAAGAAAAAAAAAGAAUAAAUAAAAAAAAAACCUGCAAA